AUGAGCUAUGCAAAAAAAGGAACUUUGAAAGAUUGUUUAUCUGACAUAAUUAAAUUUAAGUGGCAAGACAAGUUAGAAUUAUUGAAAAAAAUUAUUUUGGGACUUAAAAUAAUUCAUGAAUCAAAAUUAACUCAUGGUGAUUUUCACGAUCGUAAUAUUUUAGUGUCAGAUGAUUACGAUGAGGUAUUUAUUAUUGAUUUCGGAUUAUGUAAACCUAUAAGUGAUUUACAAGAUUCUGACAAUGAUGAUGAUAAAAUUUGUGGAGUUUUGCCUUUUAUGGCGCCUGAAAUAUUAAGAAGAAAUCCUUAUACUUCAGCAAGUGAUAUUUAUAGUUUUUCAAUGAUAAUGUGGGAAUUUACAUCGGGUAUCCCUCCAUUUAAUCAUGAAUGUGAUCUUAACCUUGCUUUAAGUAUUUGUGAAGGGAAACGUCCUGAAAUUAAAAAAAGUACUCCAAAUUGUUAUGUAGAUUUAAUGAAAAAAUGUUGGGAUUCAAAUCCUUCUGAUAGGCCAACUAUAGUAAUGAUUGAAAAUAUUUUAUCUAAAUGGAUCAAAUGUAUUAAUGAACAUUAUGAAAUAAACAGGGAUGAAAAUAAUACUACCAUGUUAACAAAGUAUAGUGAUGAUCAAUUGAAAAAUAAUAUGUUGGAAUUUGUAGAAGCAAACAAAGUUAAUGUACAAGAACAAGCAAACAGUUCUAAUAUACAAUCUCAUCCACAAUCUCAUCCACAAACAUAUUAUACAAGUCGUGAAUUCUCUGAAAUUUUAGUUCAAGAAGGGUCAGAUGAGUCUCAGUGUUGGGAUGAAUUUAAAAUUUGA